AUGGAGGCCGAGACCAAGCAAGCUAUCCGGCUCCUCCAGGCCGAAAAAGCUCGGGACUGCGACGGACAGCUAUUGACCUGGCUCAAAAACCGCCUGUUCUCGCAGAUCUCAAACGACUUCACCACACAGGAGCUAAACCGAGUGCUAGCCGAUGUUGUUGAGUCAGAUGGCUCUGUCGGCCUUGUCAAGGCAUUGCUCUCUCUGGGGGCUGAUGUCAACUUUUUCCGUCGACCGUCUUCUCAUGCUUGGUCCAAGAUGACCCAGCGCCAUCCUGGUGGAGAGAGGAAUGAUAUACUUUUGCGAGCCACGAUCCGGUGUCGUCCCGAGACUGUUAGUGUUCUGGCGAGCCGUGCCGACCAAGCCAAUCUCGACAGCGCCCUUCAUCAUGCUAUCGUCAGACGGGACCUCCGUGUCAUUGCUACAUUACUGGAGCAUGGAGCAAACCCUGCCCCACUCCAUGACGACUUCCAGAAUCUUAUCUAUCACAAUCAGAUCGAAAUCGUGAAGCUUCUGCUCUCUGGUCAUCAUCUCCCUUGUCUUGCUUGCCGCUCUACUGCCCUCCGGAUCGCAGUAGAGUGCCGCUCAUUGGAAAUACUACAGCUACUUUUGAAGCAUUGGGCUGAUGUAAACUACCGAAACGCCAUCGCCUUGAUCCGUGCUGUUGAGACUGGCCGACUGGAUUUUGUGGCUACCUUGCUCUCGGGCACCGUUCGAGCAUCGCCCCGGUCUCUAGACACGGCCAUUGGCAGGAUAUGGCAGCUGAUCGAUAACAGAGAUGACGAUGCCCUUUGCGACAUUCUUGAUCUGUGUCUCUCCGCUGGAGCUUCGGGGUCAGAGACGACUCACCUCGUCACAGACGGCUUCCUCGAGCUUGUCAGUAAAAGGAAAACCCGCUUCGUGGAGACUAUCUUGCAUCACAAACAAUUGCCAGAGCAGUUCGGGGCUGCAGCCUUGGUCGAAGCGAUGCGAACGGAACAACUUGGCUUGAUGCGGAAGCUUCUUGAGCUCAGGCCAACUGCAUCCACUCUUUCCACAGCACUCUCAUAUGCCCUUAGCAUCAGCAUUCCAAAAGUUCAACAGGAAGCCAUACGGAUGCUCAUUGAUGCUGGGGCGAAAGGCUCAUGCGCUGCGGAUGCUCUCGUCAAAAUUGUACACAGUCUUGUGGCUGGCUUGCGUUAUGGGGACAAAGUAAGCAUUGCGAGGGAUCAUAUGCUCUUCCGCCUCUUGCUUCAUGAUGGAGAAGCAGACGUGAACUUCGCAAAAGGUGAAGCCUUACAGAUAGCUGUUCGAUCUGGCUGUGUUGACGUCGUCGAGCAAAUGGUCGCAAAAGGACCCUCUCCUCAGGUACUUGGAGCUGCCUUGUCCUGGGCCAUGGAGCUCGUUGACAGGAAGCAAAAGCGCUGUAUGGUCGAAGCUCUUCUUCGCCGGCCUUUGGACCCAGAUGCCGCUGGUAAAGCACUUCUCACUGUAUUCCAGACUGACCCUGAUGAUGUGGCCCUGUAUGCUGCUGUUGGAGAAGCACUCAAAGCACCGAAACAUAAUCGGAAAACUAUCUUCAUCGAGCUCAUGAGCAGACUCCAACAUGACCACAUCAAUGUUGCGCUGACACAUAUAGUCUUUGAGGAACAACCGGAUAUCUCUCUCGCCAAGUUACUUCUUGAUUCUGGUGCCGACGCUGCUCACAAUGAGGGCUCCCUCAUUAAACACGCUGCUUGCAACCUCAACAGUAUCCUUCUCAACCUCCUUGCAAGACAUGCCGGUCAUAAUGAAGAAAUAUUUACGCAGGCUUUCAUGGCUGUCAUCAACAAAGGCAAGCAGUGGAUUGCACCUGAUCACCUGGAACUGGUUGACAUUCUUCUGCAUAAUGGGGCUUCCCCAAACACGGCCAGUAGAGCCGUUGUUGAAGUCACUGAGCAUCUCGCUUGCAAACAGCCCGCCGCAGAAUUUGGUAAAGCUUUGCUCCUAAGACUCUUUGCUGCCAAGGCUGAUGUCAACUACGAACAUGGAAAAGCCCUCAGCAUUGCUGCAAGCUGCGGCGAUCCUUUUCUUGUUUCCUUCUUGCUCGAGCAGCGCGCCACAGCUGCAUCUGCGACUCGCGCUCUCUCAGCUGCUAUCUUCGCUCGCCACAGUCAGGAAACGUUACUGCCAUUACUUCUCGCUGCAUGUCUGUCCCCGGAGAGCAUUGACGGCGACCAAACAUUUGACGCUGUCGAAGCGGAGCCUGCUUCCGUCCUCAUAUGGGCUUUGUUACAGAACGACGAACCGAUAAGCUCCGAGGUUAUCAAAGCCCUGGUUCAUCAUGGAGCUGAUCUUUCGUACACGACACCUAAGUCUCGAACGACACCUCUCCUGCUAGCCGCAAAGGCUGGCCGGACAGAUCUCGUCCGGUUCUUUCUCGACCAUGGCGCAAAGGUUUCUGUCAAAGACGUUUUUGGGCGCUCGGCCCUCUUCUACGCCAGUCGUUCGGGCAACGUGGAAAUGGUCAAGUUGCUACUAGAAAGGAGAUCUCUAAUCAACGAUGGAAGCCUCCACGAAGCUUCCCGUGGGUUUCAUGUGCAAGUCAUUAAGCUACUGCUCCACGCCGGCCACGAUCCCAACUAUAGGUCGACCAAGCACGGCUGUCGUACUGCUCUUGGCGAAGUUGCUUUGAAAGCGUCUCCUCCUAGAGACAUUGCCGCUGCUGAAGAAGCCUUAGAUCUUCUGGUUUCAGCUGAAGCUAGCCCUUUACUCAAAGUCAACAGCAAGACUGUUAUCUUCCUGGCUCUUGAUAACAGGCACAACGUAAAUAUCACACGCUUACUGCUCGACCGUAUUCUCCAUAAAACACUGAACAGCCACGAAAAUACAUACCGAUCAGGCCCCUACUACUACUCUCCCACCAUGUAUGUCGCUAAGGGUAUUCUCCUUGGGCCUCCUUCUAAUAACCUUCUUCACAUUCUCCGCGCGCAUGGAGCUGAGGACCGAUUUUAUGCGAGCUGGAAACAUCCCCAGCCCCCAGACGCAGUGGGUUUACCAGAAGAGAUCCGGGAAUAUGAACAAGAGCGCCGUGCUUGUGCCCGUCAUAUCUGCGCUCCUAGACCUAACCAUGCGACCCCUCCGUCCAACGGGAGAGCAAGGGUGGCACCCUCCAACAAGCAGAGUUCUCUUUUCUCGGGUCACCGCGAUCACUCGGCGCAAAAACAGCAACUUCGCGAUCUCGCCAGUGCCUUGUUUCCUCAGAAAAUUUUAGCAACUCCUGCCAGAGCCAUCGCUUGGUCUAUAUGUGCCAAUGGGGAGCGCAUCAUCUAG